AAAAGGGCACAGAAUUUCACAAACUACGGCAGCCCAAAGCCUUUCAAAACCAAAUCAAAUCGAAGCCACCAAAACCUUUCAGUCUCAAACCCAAAAAACCUUUCUGUAUCUCUCUCAUCAAUUUGUCUUAAGACCUCCUUCUCCUUCUUCUUGAGCUGAGAGUUUCAGAGACCUGGCCAUAGCUCUAGCUCCAGCUCAAAUCUUUCGUUUUCCAAUUCCGUCCUUCAAUUUCAAAUCUUUUUGAUUCCCCGAAAGCCCUUUUCUUUUUUCGUCCAAACAUGCUCAUCCCUAACUGAUACAGCAGAAGCAGCCGAAACGCCGCCGUAUAAACGAAGAUGAUCGUGAGAACGUACGGUCGUCGCAAGGGAGGCAUUCCUAGAACUUAUUCCGACUCAACGUUAAACGACGCCGUUCACGACGACGACGACACCAACGACCCCUUCGGAUUUUCUCUGUCUCAACCUCAAGAAAGCUCCCAAGACCACCUCUACAGCAGUCUCAAUUUCUCAUCUCAAGACUCUUCUUCCCAGUGGGCCCACUUUGAUUCGGACCCCUACGUCCCCGAGGACUCUUUGAAGCGCUCCUCUUUCGACGGUCCGGUAAACGGCGCCGUUAGGAGGUCCAAGAAAGCCAAGACUCGAAAGGAGGUGGUCAAGAACUCCAGGCCGCCGUCAAUUCUCGCGACGUCGACUUUGAUGGAGGCACAGGAAUUUGGGGAGAUGAUGGAGCAUGUGGACGAGGUCAAUUUCGCUUUGGAUGGGCUUAGGAAGGGUCAGCCAGUUCGGAUCAGAAGGGCUAGCUUGUUGUCCUUGUUGUCUAUCUGUGGCACGGCUCAGCAGAGACGGCUUCUCAGGACGCAGGGGAUGGCAAAAACAAUAAUUGAGGCUAUAUUGGGUCUCAGCUUUGAUGAUUCACCCAGCAAUCUGGCUGCCACAACUAUUUUCUAUGUUUUGACAAGCGAUGGUCAGGAUGAUCACCUUCUGGAAUCACUGAGCUCUAUGAAUUUUUUGAUUAGGUUUUGCAAACCAAUUGUCUCAAACACUACCGAAGAUAAAGCACCUAAAAUUGGACGGAAGCUUCUAGCAUUGCGUAUGGGUGCUGACAUCUCGCAAUGUACAACGAAAAGAUUAGACUCCAGCUCUGCUGCUAUCUUUUCCAAAGUUCAAGAAAUUCUUGUAGGUUGCAAGGAAUUGAAACCAAGUUGCGCGGAUGAUGGUGAAAUGGGAAAGCCAGAGUUAUGCCCAAAAUGGAUAGCUUUGCUGACUAUGGAGAAAGCUUGCUUAUCCACUAUUUCUCUUGAAGAAACCUCUGGUACAGUAAGGAAGUCUGGGAGCAACUUUAAGGAAAAAUUACGAGAGCUUGGAGGUCUUGAUGCUGUCUUUGAGGUUUCCGUGAGUUGCCAUUCCGAUAUGGAGGGUUGGUUAAAAGAUAGCUCGCCUUCUGUAUGGGAAAAGGAAAUCGACAUGGUGCGGAGCCUGGUUCUGCUUUUGAAAUGUUUGAAGAUUAUGGAAAACGCCACGUUCCUGAGUAAAGAGAAUCAGAGCCAUUUGCUAGGAAUGAAACGACACUUGGAUCCUGCAGGAAAUCCCAUGUCUUUUACAGAACUUGUUAUAAGUGCCAUCAAUAUUCUAUCAGGUCUUUAUCUACAUAAAAAUUUCUCUUCUGCCUCCAAUGAUGAAAAGUCUUUAAAUCUUUCUAAUGGGAGUAAAAAUGCUUCUGAAAAGAGCUCCGAUGUAUGUCAGAGCAGCCAAUUUUUGCCCACUGCUCGCUCUGUAUAUUCUAUAUCCAGUUCGGAAACUACCAGCACCUCCAUGACUGAUACUUAUUCAGUGAAGACGGGACUCAAUUCUUCCAGAUAUGGUUCAUCCAGUGGUACAUCAAGGCAUUUAAAUGGUGGAACCUGUACAUUUAGCUGUGCUUCUAGGAAGGAUGCUGGUCUCAGUCAGAGAUCCUAUAUUUCUGAAGACUCCAAAAUUGAUUUUUCUGAGAGUCAAGAUCCUUUUGCAUUUAGCUAUGAUGAUUCCAGGAAACGUUCUGGUCUCAGUCAAAGAUCGUAUGUUUCUGAAGACUCCAAAAUUGAUCUUUCACAGGAGAGUCAAGAUCCUUUUGCAUUUGAUGAAGAUGAUUUUAAACCUUCCAAGUGGGACCUAUUAUCUGGCAAGAAAAAGAUAUCUCUAUCGCAACAGAAUGAGGCAGCAUACAGAGAACUUGAUAACACUUUGCAGCUGAUUAUGAGCCAAGAAGCAUCAAGUAAUGGAGAAAACCAUCAGGCGCAUGAGACAUCCUAUUCAGGGGCUGUUGGUAGAGAAGGUUCCGGUCUUCUAGCGGACUGCCUUCUUACUGCUGUCAAGGUUCUGAUGAACUUGGCAAAUGAUAAUCCUGUUGGCUGCCAGCAAAUUGCUGCCAAUGGAGGACUGGAGACCUUGUCUUCUUUGAUUGCCAACCACUUCCCUUUGUUCAGCUCAUUAUCAUCUCCCUCCAGUGAGAGAAGUGAGAAUACUUCAAGCGUUGAACUUGGCCAUCAGAAUAAUAGACAUCUUACUGAUCAAGAGCUAGACUUUCUUGUUGCUAUUUUGGGCCUGCUUGUGAACUUGGUUGAGAAAGAUGGUCAAAACAGAUCACGGCUUGCAGCAGCUAGUGUUCAUGUACCUAGUUCAGAAGGGUUUGGAGAGGAGAGCCGCAAGGAUCUAAUUCUGCUUAUCUGCUCUAUUUUCCUUGCCAACCAAGGUGCAGGCGAGGGAGGUGCAGAAGAAAUGAUUUUGCCAAACGACGAGGCAGCUGUAUUACAAGGGGAACAAGAAGCGGAGAAAAUGAUAGUGGAAGCUUAUUCUGCCCUUCUUCUAGCUUUCCUUUCAACUGAAAGUAAGAGCAUACGUGAUGCGAUUGCUGACUGUCUCCCAGAUCGCAGCCUGGCUAUCCUAGUACCCGUGUUGGACAGAUUUGUGGCAUUCCAUUUGACGUUAAACAUGAUAUCUCCAGAGACUCAUAAAGCUGUGAGCGAAGUAAUUGAGUCAUGUAGGAUACGAUGAGAGGAGCUUCCUUUCAGAGAUGGAAAUCCUGUACAGAUUUGGCUUUCCUUCCAGAUAAAUUGUUUACCCAACGCCAUGACACUCAUAAAGUUGCGAUUUCAGCUGCAUGCACACUGUAUCGAAUCGAUCUGACUGCAGGCUUGUUUGCUUGUAUUUUUUCUUCUUUUUAGUCCCGCCUUUAUGCUAUUAUUCUUUUGAAUCUUUUUAGUAUUUCACCAUACUGGAGCAGGCAAGAGAGACAUACUUGUAUACGAAAUAUGAUAGCUUAAUGAAAAUGUCUUACUUUCGUCGGU